AUGGACCUCUCCAUCAACACUGUGCUCGGCUUGAUUCUCUCUUGUUGCCUCUGGGCUGCCGAAGGACGAAGUUAUAAUUCUAUCCUCACUGUGACCAAUGGAGGACCAUGGGGAUCAUGGGGAGGUAACCAAUUUUGCCCCGAAGGAUAUGCUCAUGGCUUCUCACUGAAGGUAGAGCCAUUCCAAGGUGGUGGAUACAGAGAAGAUGACACAGCCAUGAAUGGAAUCCGCCUUCACUGUACUGAUGGUGCAGUAAUUGAGUCUACAGUUGGCCCGUGGGGAAGUUGGACAGGGAUUCAGUAUUGCCCUCAAGGCAAUCUGGUGUCUUUCUCCCUGAGAGUGGAACAACCGCAAGGGAGAGGCGAUGAUACAGCAGCCAACAACAUCCAGUUCACCUGUGGAGAUGGAGUUGGACUGCUGGGCCAAGGGCACACCCGGGGUAAUUUUGGUGCAUGGAGCCGUCGCUGCCAGACUGGCUUCAUAUGUGGAAUCCGAACAAAAGUGGAGGCUCUCCAAGGCACGGGUGAUGACACAACGCUUAAUGAUGUGACGUUCUUCUGCUGUAGCUGA